UCAGCCCCGGUGCUCGAGGUGAUAAGUUGGUGUGUGUUUGUGUCAGUAAACAAACAUUAAACUCGGUAUUUUAUCAAAGCUUUAGAUGCGACAGCUCACAAUGAAAGCCUGGAUUUAUCUAGGCCUACUUUUCCUGAGCUUACAUGGCGCCUCGGCAAUGACUCACUCUCUGAAGUAUUUCUUGACUGGCUCUUCUCAAGUCCCAAACUUCCCAGAGUUUGUGGCUGUUGGGUUGGUUGAUGAAGUUGAAGUGGUUCGUUAUGACAGUAACACCAGGAGAGCAGAACCCAAACAGGACUGGAUGAGCAGAGUCACAGAGGAUGAUCCUCAGUACUGGCAGAGGGAGACUGAGCUCUUUCUGGGUCAGCAGCAGAUCUCCAAAUCCAACAUUGAAAUUGCAAAGCAGCGCUUCAACCAAACUGGAGCAUGAGCGAGUGUGGCGUGAUCGACGGUGGUG